AUGGGAUUAAAACUGGAAUGGAGCCAAACACAUCGCGGGCCAAUAGGGUCUAAGUUCAAGGGAUUCCCCUUUAAACAAGAGGAGCAAGGUUACCGGUUAGCCAUCAUCGUUCCCGCCAUAUGGCAGUUCACUUGGCUGUUACCCAUUUUCUCCAAACGGGCGGCAUAUAUGCACCAACCAAGUAGUCCCCAAACACCGAACAAUGAUUUCUGCACACAGCUGGAUAGACUGCUUCUUAUGACGUUGAAACUGGUCUCCGUUGUUGUAGCUGCAGACCUCAACGCAGGGGUUGGUAGACCAUUGUCAGAAAGAGACCAGUUCGGUGGUCCACAUGAACUCAAUGCACAGAGGGAUGACAACGGUGAACGUCUCCUGAGGAAAUUGUUACAAUCCUGUCUUCGGAGAAUAACCGUCCCAUGGAGCUACCACAGCGUACAUACUGCAACAGAAAUUGCAUUAGCUACGAAGCAUGGAGACGUUCGGUUAUAA